UUUUUCCCGGUGCAAACUCAAUCAAUGCACGCGGUUUCGCCGGGGGGGGUGGUGGUAGAGAGAGAGAGAGGGGCCCCUUCACUGCACCAAGCGGCUUUGGACUCUGGAGAACCCUUCGGGAGUAAAUGCACCUUGCUGUCUUCUUUUGACUCUCUCGCCUCCAUGCCGGCCCUCUUCUCUCCCUUUCUUUGCCCCUUUUGGGUCAGCGGCCACCAAGCACACCCUCUUAUCGUGUAUAUAUAUGUAUGUAUGUGAGAAGCAACUUCUGCCUUGGAACCUUGUCUUUGCUUUCUUCCAAGAAGAAAGAAGAUAACAGGAAAAAGAGAGGACAACGGAAGAAUAGAACUCCCAUAUAUAUCUCUCUCGAGUCGUGUCUAGAUAUAGAGGAGAAAUUAGAAGAAAGAGCGUACAUGGGGAGACCUCCUUAUUGCGAUAAGGUUGGUGUAAAGAAAGGCCCUUGGACUCCAGAAGAGGACCUUGUCUUGGUCUCCUACAUCCAAAAGCAUGGACCUGGGAACUGGAAGGCCGUCCCCACUAAUACUGGGCUGAUGAGAUGCAGCAAGAGCUGUAGACUAAGAUGGACUAAUUACCUCAGGCCAGGGAUCAAGCGAGGCAAUUUCACAGAACAAGAGGAGAAGCUCAUAAUCCAUCUCCAAGCUCUUCUUGGCAAUAGAUGGUCUGCCAUAGCUUCUUAUCUCCCAGAGAGAACAGAUAAUGACAUCAAGAACUACUGGAACACCCAUCUGAGGAAGAAACUAAAGAAGCUCCAAGCUAGCAAUGAUAGCUCGAUGAGUCACGGGCUUUCGAGUGAUCAAUCUAUCUCCAAAGGCCAGUGGGAGAGGAGGCUCCAGACCGACAUCCAUAUGGCAAAGCAAGCUUUAAGAGAGGCAUUGUCUUUAGGCAAGACCAAUCGCCCAACUGAAUUAAUGAAGCCCUCAAACGGCAGCUACUCUUUUACAAAACCAAGCCAACCAGCAACAUCGUCAUCAACGACAACCUAUGCAUCAAGUACUGAGAAUAUAUCUCGACUGCUCAAAGGGUGGAUGAAGGAUCCACCCAAGCCACGAGCUGCUCAAGCCAAUUCAGAGUCUACACAACAUUCGAUCAACAAGGCGGUCGGAACUGAUUCAUCUUCGAGUGAGGAGGAAUCAGCCAGUGUGGCCAACAAUAAUGACCGCAUUACGGUGCCAAAUCUAUUUGAAUCGUUGCUCAACUUUGACUCCUCGACACAGGAGAUGUCUGAAACAAGCCUCUUCCAAUGUGAAAGCAAGCCAAGGUCAGAAGCCCAAGUCCCGCUUUCCUUGCUUGAGACCUGGCUCUUGGAUGAAGGUUUUGUUCAAGGAGAGGUAGAACUAAUCGACAUGCCACUCGGUGAAACUUCUGAGCUGAUCUAAAGCAAGUGCUUUUGGACUGGGUUUUGGUUACUUUUUGUGUAGGCCUAGGACUGAAUUUGAUUAGCAAGGCACCUCAGUGCAGAUGAAGUUUAAAUUCAAAAUGUCCACACAGACAAUGUUACAUGUGUUAAAUCGGUGGAGUUCGGCAAUAAUUUUUAUCUAUGGGGCCUUAAUUUUGUGAAAUCUUAGCUCUCCGUUGUAUGGGUUUCUGUAUCUUGGGUGAUGUCGCAUAGAUUAGAUUGUUAGGAAUAUUUUUCGAUCUUAUUCAGUUCUGAAUUGUAAUCAAGAGAUGUGUGGAAUGGAAGGAUUGCUGUGUCUAUAAAAUAUGACUGGUUAUUA